UCGAUAACAACUCUACUUCUUUCGCAUUUGGCGGCGUUGCUCGCAUAAUUUUCGCAAAUAAACAUAAUUUAAGUGAUUGUUGAAGUUAGUAAGCUGCACAACAAACUGUUUGGAUAAACAUUAUCAUUAACCACUGUUAACUUUCCAAGCAACGCAGAAAUGUCCGCUGAAGCCGAAGCAAUUGUCACGACGGCUGGUACCGAUGCGGCGCCAGAGAAGACAGCCGUGGAGCCCGUUGCCGCGGAUACCACGCCCGAUAAGGUCAAUGCCGUGGAUGACACGGCCAAUACGGAAAAAGAUAGAGAGGAGAAAAUCCUGAAGGGAAAGGAACUAUUCAGUCAGGGUUCUCGCAAUUUUCUGGUGAAGAGUUACGAUGAGGCAGCUGAUGAAUUAAGUCAGGUGUGCCAAAUAUACGAGGAGGUUUAUGGCGAAUUGGCUGAUGAACUCGGACAGCCAUUGUUGCUUUAUGCCAAAUCGCUAAUUGCGAUGGCAUUGGAUGAGAACAAAGUAAUUGAUGUGCCCGACGAGGCGGCCGACGAUGAUGAAGAGGACGUGGAUGAUGAGGAUGACGAUAAUGAGGAGGGCGAAUCGAAUGAUGAGAAGCCGGCUGUGCCUAAGGCAAACGGAGCCAGUACCACAAAUGGUAAAAAAUUGGACAGCAUUAAGGAAGACGCUACCGAUGAGGCCGAUUCCACAGGCGAUGCCGAGAACUCUAAGGCUGACAAGGCAGGCGGCAGCUCAAAGCCGCCAACAGGUGUUGAAGAAGUAAGCAGCAGCAAUGGCAAUGUGGCUGUUGCUGUGGGCGGUAACGACGAUGAGCGUCCCAGCACCUCGAAUGGUGACGUGACUGCCAGCACCAGCAAUGGUGCUUCGGCCACCAUGGAUGUGGACCAGGAAGAUGAUAACGAGGAGGGCGAGGGAGUAAGCGGCAGCUUGCAGUUGGCCUGGGAGAUACUCGAAGCGGCAGCCAAGAUAUUCUCACGACAGGGACUCAGUGGUCUGCCGUAUCUGGCAGAUGUGCAAACAGAGCUGGCCAAUAUCGAAUUUGAGAACGGUAUUCUGGAUGCGGCACGCGAGGAUUACGAGAAAGCACUGAAGAUCCAUGGAGAAUUGCCCAGCAAGAAUCGUCGGGCUCUGGCCGAGUUGCACUACAAGAUUGGGCUCACCUAUCUGAUGCAACAGCUGAACAAGGAAGGCGCCGCAGCAUUGCGCAACUCCAGUGUGCUAAUCGAGGAGGAAAUCAAGGAGGCCAAGGCCAAGGAGAAUCUCACCGAGCGUGAGAAGAGCAACAUGCUGGACUUGGAGGAGACCAGACAGGAGAUUCUGGUUAAGAUACAGGAAAUCGAGGAGACACAGGCCCAGACCAUUGCCGAGGUUCGUGCUGCUUUGGACAGCUAUAUCAAGCCCAUGGGCAGCAGCAGCAGCAGCGGCGCCGGUACUGGAGUAGAUGCAGCUGCCUCGUCAUCGUCAUCGACAGCAGCCGCCGCCACCGUCGCCGCUUCCACCGUCAAUGGAGCUGCGUCCAGUUCGUCGUCGUCAUCAACAGCAUCGGCUGCUUCCUCGUCGGCCAUCAGUAGCAGUUCGGCCAAGCCAACAGAUAUCACGCAUCUGAUCAAGCGCAAGAAGCCCGAAGAGCCCAGCUCGGAGGCCGAAGCUCUCUGUUCGCCAGCCAAGCGUGCUGCGGUCUAGAAAUCGGAUCACGACUGCACAUUCCAGUUACACCAACACACUCACACAUACAUACAUCCACACAUCAGCUACUUAAAACUCACACACACUUAAAUAAAUCCUACUCCCCCAUCCGUUCUUCUAUUUAUAAAGUAUAAACAUUUUGUUUGCUGUUUAACUACAAUCAUCCUCUAUAAGUCUGUAAGAUUACAAUCACAAUUAGUGCUAAGUGCGUGCGUAAAUUAAUGUUUUUAUAUUAAAAAAAAAAAGAAAGAGAGAAAAGAAUAAGUGCGAGAACGAAUGAAACAAGAUAAUAAUAAAGGGAAAAUUGCCUCGAAAAGAGACAUU